AUGGGACACGGCCACUCUAACGAAGGGAGAUAUUGUUCUUCCAAAGAAGAUUUGAGCCAUGAACUGGCUAUCAUGUUUGCAAAGCGAUGCUUCACCUCUCUCGAACUUUAUUAUUUUGAAGAAAUAUUUAAGAGCUUAGCAGAACAUCAGAGCCGAGAUGUUUUCAUCAAGGAAAAUACUCUUGUACGAUUUCUUGAGAUUCCAGAUAUCCUCGGAGUAUCUCCCGUUAUCUUUCGCAUGAUUUCCUACUUGGGCGCAUUUCCAUUUUGCCAGGACGCACCAGCUAUACUAGGAUUUGAUCAGAUGAUAUUAGUUGUUUCUUUAACGACACAGAGGUAUCAGAAGGUUCUCAGAAAGGAGGUUCGGGAUUACUUUAACCUGUUGUUCUACAGUCUAGCCGUCUAUGAUCGUCAAGAAUUUUUGGACGUCAGUAAAAAUGCAAAAAGUAAUUAUCCGGCCACGGAGUCUGACCGAAAUUUAUCGUCAAGCUACACAAAUGGAGUCGCUGAGGGAAGCUCAAAUUUUUUUAGGAGUGAGCAAGGAAACAAUAAUCUGGCUUUGGCAGCUCUAAAAUUGUUAAAUGACACAGCUCAUAUUCAUGAGAUUGGUGAUGCUAGCAACUCCGAGCCUUCAAUACCUCCGGAUAAUCUCAAGAAGCUCAUCAUGCUUUUGCUCUUCGUAGCUCCUCUGGAAGGUCAAGAUAGCCUUGCUCAGCAUGCUUCGAGACUUGUGGAUACUCAGCUAGAAAGACUUCGGAAGACAGCUGACAAUAUCUUGGGAGCAUUUGUGAAUGUAGAAACGUCCCCCGGUGUCAAGCUUCAUCAAUUUCACGCAACUUUAACAAAUUCAUUGCCGUUCCUAUUUGAUGCGCUUUGUCCCUUAUUUGAACAUCUUCUCUUCGUCAAGAAAACUGAAUCUAUUGUACGGGAUAAUGAUGCUGCCCCUUCUCAUUUGCUGUGUUCAGAUCCACUAAAAAGCUCCCCUAUUCUCCCCCAAGAUGGAGAGAUUUUAGAUCUAAAUUUACUUUCACAAUUAUCAUUUUUCCUUCCUGGCUCAUCAUUGUUUCGGCGUCUCCGUCUUUUGUAUUCAGGCGGAGACUCUGGAUUCUCCAUGGGAUCCUUUGAAACCCAUGUCAUGAACUGGAGAGCUCCAACCAUCCUCCUUGUCUCCGGCACUCGCAUAACUGAACCUCCGACUAGUGGACGAGAACGCGCCUUUGCAAACACUAUAUCGCCCAAGCGAUUUCCGGAUAGUAACUCGAUGUCUCGUUUAGUCUUCGGCGUUUACCUUUCUCAGCCCUGGCGUCAAACACAUAAAGAGUGUUUUGGAAACACAGACACUAUUUUAUUUCAGUUAGAGCCUACACAUGAAGUGUUUCGUGCCUCAACAAUCAACACAGAUUAUGCAACUUUCACCAAAGUUCCAUCAUCUCACCAAGGCAUCACGUUUGGGUGUCCUCCUAUUACCACAAAACAACUAUCGGGGGUUCCAGCUCACGUGAAUCUUGGUUCAGUAUCUCUAUUACUAGACUCUAGCUUUGAAUUCGGGGUUUUCACACAUAACUUUUCGUUGGGUGGAGGUGCUUUCUGUAAUUCGGAAACGAGAAAAUACAACUGGCAGGAUCGAUUCGAGAUCGAUAGCUUGGAGGUCUGGGGAUGUGGAGGUGAUGCGGAGGCUGAGCAGCAGAGAAUUAGAUGGGAAUGGGAAGAGAGAGAAGCCGAAGCCCGGAGACGAGUAAACUUGGGAACAGGAGACAUAGAGUCCGACAGGGCGCUCCUCGAGAUGGCAGGAAUCAUUGAUUCUAAUCGAAGUGGCGGAAGCAUGAAUUAG